AUGAUAAUAGUCGAUGCUUUUCCUGUUCCUUACUCCUCUUUUGUUACUUCUUAUGGUACUUAUGGAAAGUGCGAAGAUUGUGAAAAGCCUGUCCAUUCAACUGCUAAAAUCAAUGGGAAACGAAUAUGUGCUGUAUGCAAGAAAAGAAACCACCCGAACUUUGAUCUGGAAGCUGAGGCAAAGCGUGAACCGAUCCCGAAAUUUGUAGACUCCGAUGCAGCAUUCAAAUGUCCUGCAAAGCGCUGCAGUGCCAAGAAACUCUCUUUUUGCGAAUUUUAUGUCGGAUCUUGUUGCUCCACUGCUUUGAAUAGAGAAGUCUCAGAAGUAGAAGAAAACGAAGAGUGCUUGCUCAUGCACAAGAUUUAUCAAAAGUCACGACGCGACGUAGUUUCUUCUUACGACAAAUGGCUGGAUGCGGAUAGAGCGUAUUCUAGGGCGGAAUUGAAUGAAAAAAAUGCUCGUAAGGCACUGGAAAAGGCAGAAAAAGAAAUCGCGGAUGCAGCUGAAAAAUUUACAACUGAAAAAACGAAGCACGAUGAAGCUAUAAAGUGGCAAAGUAAAGUUCAAAAACGCUUAUUUCUCACAGUCAAAGCAGUUACUGAGGGAGUGAUCAGUGAUACGGAGCCUGCGAAAAAGAAAUCAAAGCGAGCUGAAGUGAACGAGAAGCUUCAAUGCAAGGUCUGCUCGUCCCCCUUUGACGUCGAGCACCCUGAAGCGAUCCUUGCUUCUUGCGGGCACAGGGCUUGUACCAACUGCCUCAUGAAACUUGAGGAGAAAGAAUGCCCAGCAGUUGGUUGUGGGGCCAGAUUCUCUGAAGACAAAAUUAUCAAGGUUCUCGACUGA